GGAUAGAACCAAUAUUUGGAACACAAGUCGUUUGCUUCCGUACAUUAUUACCUCGAUGCAAUGUUGUGUCAAAUUGUUUGAAGUAGCUCUCAGAUGACCAGAAAUGGUAUGAAUGAGUUUAGUUGGAAUUCAUUAUCAACAUUCGCUUCCUAAUGCAGACAAUAAGUAGAUCAAUUCUUUGUAUUUUGGUAUUACUUUCUCCGGGAAUAUCUUCACAUCGUGAGAAACGAUUCGUGAUUUAUCCGCUUGGAGGGCGUUUCAAAGUUGUUCUUGGUAUUGGUAUUCCACUCAAGCUGGGAAUCAAGCAAUCGAUGUCAAUCGGGUGGAAUUUUCAGAUGCAAUAUGACGUACCAACUAAUAUCACAAUGUUGCAACAAUAUCCACCAUUUUAUGACAGGAAAUUCCGAGAAAAACGGGCAACAGAAGAAACGGACAGAUCAUUGUUCUAUAAAGCAUUUGAAGACGUACUGAAUGGUGCAGGAAUAGAUGGUAGAGACUGCAUUUUACGAAGCAUCUGCGAGAAUGCUGCUGAGAGCUUGCAUCAUGAAGCGAAUGGUCUAUAUGGCCUUAUAUUCCACAUUGUUUUCACCCCAAACUAUGGCAAUGAAGCAGGAGACUCGAACAUGGAUCCCAGUUAUAUGGAAGCUCAAAGAGCUGGAGAAUAUGGUGUGGAAUGUCAUACACUAUAUUCGCAAUGUACAUUAGAUGAUGGGCUCAUAGGGCUCUUCUCAAUUUUGGACUAUGAACUUGGUUGACAAAAAUUGUUGAAUUGAUG